AUGGAAACUGAAGAAGACUAUGAAGAAAUAGCAGCUGCAAACCGUUCAGUCCGAGGAAAAAAUGACAUAGCUUGGUCCUAUGUGAUUCAAUCAAAUGAUGCAAGAGGGAAAACAGUUUUGGAAUGCUCAUUUUGUCACAAAAGAAAAUUAGGAGGUCGAAUUAAUAGGAUGAAACAACAUCUGGCUGGUGUGAAAGGAAAUACAGAUGCGUGUUCGCAGAUUCCAGAAGAUGUACGAUUUAAGAUAUUGAACACAUUGAAAGAAAUUGAGAACAGGAAGAAGAAAAAGCUUGUUUUAGAUGAUACGAACGAUGGUCCUGAAAUUCAAGAUGGUGAUGGAGAUGAUAUCGAAGGUGAUGUUCGCCCAACUCAAAAGAGGAAGAAAAAAGGUAUUGAUCUACAUGAAUACUUUAAAAGAGGUGUGCAUGAUCCGACCCAACCUACUAUAAAAGCUUGUAUGCAAAGUAAAGAGAGAAUACAUGAUGUGGACAUGUCUGUUGCAUUGUGGUUUUAUGACGCUUGUAUUCCAAUGAAUGCCGUGAAUUCUCCACUUUUCCAGCCUAUGAUGAAUAAGGUAGCAAGUAUGGGUCAUGGAUAUGUGGGGCCCUCAUACCAUGCUCUACGUGUUGGAUUGUUGCGUGAUUCUAAGGUGCAAGUUUCUUUGAUCAUUGAUAAGUUUAGGAGUACUUGGGCUACUACUAGAUGUACUCUUAUGGCAGAUGGAUGGAAGGACACAAGACAAAGACCACUAGUUAAUUUCUUAGUUUAUUGUCCUAAAGGAAUCACAUUUCUCAAGUCAGUUGAUGCUUCUGAUAUCUAUGCAAGUGCUGAGAAUUUAUGCAACUUGUUUGUUGAAGUUGUGGGUAUGGUCGGUCCAGAAAAUGUAGUUUAUUUUGUAACUGAUAGUGCACCCAACUACAAAGCUGCUGGAAAGCUUCUCGCUGAAAAGUUUCGGACCAUUGCUUGGUCUCCAUGUGCAGCUCAUUGUAUCAAUCUGAUUUUUGAAGAUGUGACAAAACUACCUUCUGUUCACAAUUUAGCACAUUGGAUGUCUAAGCCUUAUACAAACAUCAUUUAUAGAAGAUGGGAUCGUAUGUUGCGCCAUGAUCUUCAUGAUGCAGCGUACUAUUUGAACCCAGCUUUCAUGUAUGAUCAAACUUCAUUUUAUGAGAAGCCUGAAGUUAUGAGUGGGUUGAUGAGCUUAAUUGGAAAGCAAACAGAGGACAGCAAAACAAAGCUCGUUCAAGAGCUUAGGUCUUACAGAGAACGUGAAGGCAGCUUUUCUCCUGAUAUGGCUCUUACUUGCAGCAAAACAUCUCAGCCAGAUGAAUGGUGGAGAUAUUUUGGUUAUGAUGCUCCUCAUUUGCAAAAGUUAGCAAUAAGAAUUCUUAGUCAAACUGCUUCUUCAUCUGGAUGUGAGCGCAAUUGGAGUGUGAUUGAGUGGAUCCAUACCAAGAAGAGGAAUAGAUUAGAGCAUCAACGACUUAACGAUCUCGUCUUUGUUCAUUACAAUUUACGGUUGCAACAAAGGUCAAAAAGAAAAAGAUCAUAUGAUCCUGUUGAUUAUGAAUCUAUUGAUAAAACAGAGUUUUGGAUCGUUGAAGAAGAAGAAACAGGUGAACUUGAAUAUGAUGAAUUAGAGAAUUCUCUUGCUGAAGAAUAUCCCAAAGACCACGAAGACACAAACCAUGAAAAGUCUAAUGAUGUUUCAGAUUUUGAUGAAGACUUUACUAUGCCACCUGAAGAACACGAAGAUUGGUUGAGAUGA